AUGGUCAGCGGACGGCAAUACUACGAGAUGCCACCAGUGGGCCAAGCAAUGAGUAGCGCGUACAGCGGCAUCCGGCGAUUCGACCCCGACUACGGACUCGACCACUGCCACGACAAGUAUGGCGUUGAGCACCAGAAAGACUAUCGACUCGCGGCCGCGCGGACGGUUCAUGGUACCGGGGCUGCCAGGGCAAGGCAAUCGCUGUCGGCCAUGGACGAGAAGCGUGCCAACGAGAUCCGACGCGGCGUCUACGCACACGUUUUCCUCGAUGUCAAAAAUAGCCACAAAUCAGACGCUUUGUAA